GUGCGUUAAACGUGAGUCUCUGCCGGCGACCCGCAGACGGUCUGAUCUCCUACGGCGCCCCGGAGGGCCAGUUCAUGAUGCCCCCCGGGUUCCCCAACGUCAGCCUCAACGACUCCACCUACGACGGAGCCCACGAGAGGAGGAGGCUGUCCGGCGGGCUGGGCCAGCUGACGGACGGCGUGGUCGGCCAGGACGACUUCUUGCUGACGCGGCAGUACCACGUGUGGCCGGGCUACGACUACCUGGGCUGGAGGAACGACUCGCUGGGCGGCCCGGGACACGUGGAGAUGGACUUCCUGUUCGACAGGGCAAGGAACUUCACCUCCAUGAAGGUUCACAGUAACAACAUGUUCUCCCGCGGAGUGAAGAUCUUCUCCUCCGUGUCCUGCUGGUUUAAGCCCCGCCCCGUCGCCGACUGGGAGGCGGAGCCUGUGGCGUUUAAGACGGUGCUGGAUGACAGGAACCCCAGCGCCCGCUACGUCACCGUGCCGCUGGAGCGCCGCGCCGCCAAAUCCAUCCGCUGCCGCUUCCACUUCGCUGACUUCUGGAUGAUGUUCAGUGAGAUCUCCUUUCAGUCAGAGGACACCGUCCUCCCCACCCUGAUGACUCUGAGCUCCACCUCCUCUCCCGCUAGCAGAGGGAGCGCCGUGACAACCACACCUGUGCCAGGUGUGACCUCUGACCUUUCCACCGCAUCCACAAACGCGGCCGGCCCCUCGGCCAGCGGGGCCCCCGACUACAGCAACACGCCCGUCCUGAUUGGCUGCCUGGUGACCAUCAUCCUGCUGCUCGUCAUCGUCAUCGUCUUCAUCCUGUGGUGCCAAUACGUCUGCAAGGUGCUGGAGAAGGCUCCCCGUCGGAUACUCAACGAGGAGGUGACGGUGCGGCUCUCCUCCUGCAGCGACACCAUCAUCCUCCAGACCCCCCCUGUGCCCCCCCGCUCCGGCCACGCCCCCUCAGACCCCGCCCACACCGACCCCCACUACGAGAGGGUGUUCUUGCUGGACCCGCAGUACCAGAACCCGGCGGCGCUGAGGAGCAAACUGCCGGAGCUGUCUCAGAGCGCCGAGGCCUCCGCUCUCCUCCUCGGUAACCCUAUCUACGACUACCUCCUACUGACGUGUCACAUGACAUCUGGCUGGCUGCGCGCGUGUGGAGGAGGCUACGCCGAGCCCGACGUCACCCAGUGCACGCCCCACCAGUGUUUCCAUAGCAACGCCCCGCACUAUGCCGAGACCGACAUCGUGCGCCUGCAGGGCGUGACCGGCAGCAACAUGUACGCCGUGCCCGCCCUCACCGUCGACUCGCUCACUAGGAAGGACAUCUCCGCCGCCGAGUUCCCGCGCCAGCAGCUGAUCUUCCGGGAGAAGCUGGGGGAGGGUCAGUUCGGAGAGGUCCACCUGUGCGAGGCCGAGGGACUCCCAGAAUUCCUUGGGGAGGGCUCUCCUCUCCCCGAGGGGGACGGGCACUCGGUGCUGGUGGCCGUCAAACAGCUGAGGGCCGAUGCCACCAGCCAAGCCAGGAACGACUUCCUGAAGGAAAUAAAGAUCAUGUCCCGUCUGAACGACCCCAACAUCAUCCGGCUGCUGUGCGUGUGCGUGUCGUCCGACCCGCUGUGCAUGGUGACGGAGUACAUGGAGAAUGGAGACCUCAACAUGUUCCUGUCGCAGCGCGAGAUCGAGAGCACGUUGACGCACGCCAACAACAUCCCCUCAGUCAGCCUGUCCGACCUCCUCCACAUGUCGGUGCAGAUAUCAUCAGGGAUGAGGUACCUGGCGUCCCUCAACUUCGUGCACCGCGACCUGGCCACCAGGAACUGCCUCCUGGACCGCCGCCUCACCAUCAAGAUCGCCGACUUCGGGAUGAGCCGGAACCUGUACAGCAGCGACUACUACCGCAUCCAGGGCCGGGCGGUGCUCCCCAUACGCUGGAUGGCCUGGGAGAGCAUCCUGCUGGGUAAGUUCACCACGGCCAGCGACGUGUGGGCGUUCGGCGUCACGCUGUGGGAGAUCUUCACUCUGUGCAAGGAGCAGCCCUACAGCCUGCUGUCUGACGAGCAGGUCAUAGAGAACACUGGCGAGUUCUUCAGGAACCAGGGCCGACAGAUCUUCCUCUACGGCCCUCCGCUCUGCCCGCCGUCCCUCUUCGAGCUGAUGAUGCGUUGUUGGAGUCGCGACAUACCAGAUCGACCCAGUUUCGAGGGACUCUACCAGGCCCUGAAGCCCCACGUCAACCAGUGAGCUCGGGCUGCUGGGAUGAACUUGGACUUGUGUGGGACGAGAGACACGAGAGGACUGAGGCCUGGAAUCAGGUUAGGAAAAGAUCGCGUUCAGAGGGAAAGAAGAAACUGGAAGAACUGUGGUCAGAAGGUGGGUUUGUUUGGUGGUAACAGCAGGAAUCUGUCCUGAGGGACCACAAGGAGGAACUCCAAAGACCUCCGAGAUUUCUAUCGUUUCACAGUCUGCUCCGUGUCUUUAAAUCCCCUUUGACCAAAACCUGUUGUCAGACAUUUCUAAGAUAUGUUUUUAUUAUGUUGCCUUGGUGCUGAAGGUACCAUAAGCUCUAUAUUCUUCUUCUCUUGGCUUUUAAAGAUGCCAAAAACUGGACGGACUCUUCAGUCUUGUUAGCGUCCCCGUGUCCCUGUGGUGUUUUUGUUAUUGUAAAGCACUGUCCUUGUAUCUCAGUUAUUCAUGUUCAUAUAUUAACCCACACUGGAGCUAGGGAUAGGCCAUAGUGUAGUUUUUGUGUCGCUUUGAUUGGUUUUUAUUUACAUUGUUUUACAGUAAUUUACUGUUGGUCUCUCUCUUGUGGAUGUGAACGUUUUACCUGAAUCUCAGUCAGAGGGUAAUUAAGAGGAGCUGUCACUCAAACCAAAUAACAAACAGUUGUGUUGUACCUAUUUUGUUGGCAAAGAGAAAUAAAGAGUGUUGAACGAUGAUAUGAUCAUAUAACAUUAGUAAAACUCAAUAUAGCGUCAACGUUGGCCAGUUUGUGCCUUACAUCUGUAGCUUGCCACAUCUGUCCUGUACGUAUCACGCCUCUUCUUUUUGCGUAUUAGUGGCGCGUGUGGUGUAAAUGGGGCGAUUCCAGUGUCAAAGCAGUAAAAUGUAUGUAGUAGUGAGUAAUGAUGGCGCUCUCAUUCCCUCCUUCCCUUUAUUACAUAAUGAUGCAGGUUGGACUCAAAGGAAACAAACAUCUGUUGCUCCCAAUACGACUGGCGGCAUGAAUCCUCGUGCCACUUUGAGAGAAAGUUGGGACCCUUUAGUGAACCUUCUUCUACCCGCCGAAGGUAUAAAGUCAAUGUUUAAUUAACAGCAUUAAAUCAUUAAUAUAUUGAUUCAAAAAUGUUUUCCCUCGAACAUAAACAAAAUGAGAUUGACUUUGAGAGCUUCUAUUCAACAGGAACAUGGCAAAUAUGUCAAAUGAUAAUGCACAUUACGUUAUGUGCCAUUCGUUUGAUGUUUUAGUUGCGUAUUAGUGGGUAUUACGCGUGUGCCGUAUUUGAAACAAAUUGUUGUAAAAUGGUGCAAAUCAACGUGAGCUUCAUGUGAAAGAGCAAAUAUGUUGAGUUAAGUGCAUCCUCCAGUGUUUCCGUGUGUGUGUGUGUGUGUGUUUGAACACUGGGAGCGAUGGGAUCAAAGUGGUUAAUUAUAUUAUUAAAUGAGGAGGGACUUUGAAAGGGACUUUUUUUAAGCAAUAAGACAGAAAGUAAGGAAACCACUAAACUCAAUCUCCCAGAGUCCUUUGCUACAGCGAGCCUACCUUUUUGUUCUGGUUCCAUUAGAGAGAGAGACGUCUGUUAGUUCGAUAGUGUAAUGCAUAAGUGAUCAGAAAGCAGUGUGAUGAGUAUUGACAGUUGAUCAUCCAUCAUUUCUCGUUGUUUCUCUGAUGACUUCUGGGACGAGGGUCCAGGAGCCGUUCUAAUGUGUCCUGCUUCAGACUGUACAUGGGCUCGUAGCUGUGUAUAUUAAUAUAUUGGGAGUUGGAACCUUGGUGUUUCUCACUCUGUAGCCUCUCAUGUUGGUUUUCUCCUUAAUAAACAUUUUGUCAAACAGCA